CCUUCUACUGCCACCAUGUUGUCAUUAUGUGGUAUUACAGGUGUCAGCUUCCCUCACGUGAACCAGUGUCUUGUCUGUUCUGGGUCAUUUGAAGACUGAUUUAAACUGGAGCAGAGCAGCAGGUGGAGUUGAACCAAUGACAACGUGGUGGAAACGUUCAGGACGUGUGAGGACUCCACCCAGUAGGCAAGGCACAAGUGUCAAGCAGGUUCAGCAACACUGGAAACCAGACCUGUGUGGCGACUUCUGUUUUGACACUUCAGAACGAGGUCUGUGUUUCUUCUGCUAAAUUAAACAAAAGCUCCCUAACGACGUUUUCAGCUGAGGUUGAAUUCAUGUGGACACGGACUGCACAGAGGGAUUUUACUGGGAAUCUUUAAAUUCAGACUUUUUGUCUGUAACCUGCUGAAGUGAAGCUGCACCAUCGACAUUUUUUUUUCAAUGUUUUGCCGCUCGUGCUCUGAGUGUGUCACUGCCCACACUGGAAACUCUUGACAACUGAGGCUGAGUGGAAAUGGGGACCUCGGUGGUGUCUGGAGUCAGGACUCCAAGAGGGGUUCUCUGCCUGCUCCUGCUCCUCCUGCUCUGCUGCUUUAGAGGGAAAUGUGAGCUGCAGGAGUCCAAACCUUUAGCGCCAGACAACCUUCCCUCCGCCAAACCUUUCCCCGAUCAAAUCAAUGAACCGCAGGCCUUUCCCGAGGAGGAGAGGGCCAACCUCCCUGUGUUCACUAUGGACUACCCUCGCAUCCAGGUCCCCUUUGAGUUUACUCUUUGGAUACUGCUGGCCUCCUUUGCCAAAAUUGGUUUCCACAUUUACCAAAAAAUCACCAUCUGGAUCCCGGAGUCCUGCCUCCUGAUCACCAUCGGCCUCGUGGUCGGCGCCAUCAUGCACUCGGUCAAAGAGGAGCCCCCCGCUGUGCUCGACUCCAACGUCUUCUUCCUCUACAUGCUCCCCCCCAUCGUCCUCGACAACGGCUACUUCAUGCCCACGAGGCCGUUCUUUGAAAACCUGGGCACGGUGCUGUGGUACGCCGUGGUGGGAACGCUGUGGAACAGUAUCGGCAUCGGGCUCUCUCUGUUCGCCAUCUGCCAGUUUGAGGUGUUUGGAGUUCAGGAUAUCAACCUGCAGGAGAACUUGCUGUUUGCCUCCAUCAUCUCUGCCGUGGACCCUGUGGCUGCUCUCAAUGUGUUCGAGGACAUCGGGAUCAACGAGCAGAUCUACAUCGUCAUAUUUGGCGAAGGACUCUUCAACGACGCUGUCACUGUGGUUCUUUACAGCAUGUUUUCCUUCUUGGCCAACCUGCCCAUCGUCGAAUCAGGCGACGUGUUUCUGGGGGUGGCCCGUUUCUUCGUGGUGGGCGUCGGCGGCGUCCUCUUUGGCCUCCUAUUUGGAUUUGUGGCGGCAUUCACCACCCGCUUCACCCACAACGUCCGUCACAUCGAGCCCCUCUUCGUCUUCAUGUACAGCUACCUGGCGUACCUGGUGGCUGAGCUGUUCGCCAUCUCCAGCGUGUUGGCGUAA